AUGGAUAAUAUUAAAAUUCCAACUCAUGUUGAUGAGGGAACGAAGCAUGUAGGAUGUAGAUGGAUGUUUACAGUUAAAUAUAAUGCAGAUGGUACUGUUGAGAAGUACAAGGCAAGAUUAGUAGCUAAAGGGUUCACUCAGACAUAUGGAGUUGAUUAUCAUGAUACUUUUGCACCUGUGGUUAAGAUGAAUACUUUCAGAGUUUUGUUGUCCUUAGCAGUAAACUUGGAUUGGACCCUGAGGUAA